UAACUGUAGUGGGACACACAGGCCAUUCUGUCUGGUGUCCUGCAAUAAACUUCUGCCAGUAGAACCGAGGGAGCGCGGUAAGCAGCACGUUAUCAGACAGAGAGGAGCUCAUUUCUACAGGUCCUCUCCACCAGAGAGACCCCUGUGGCCCCCAGGGGCCAUGGGCUAUGAUUGACCCUGGACCUUCUCAUUAAUAAACACAGACCCACAAUGAAUGUGUUUUCUAAUACCAUUUUGCAUUGUUUCCUCCCUCAAGGAUAUGGUAGCAUGAGGAUGGACUUUAAAUACUUGAAGGAGUACCUGGGCUGGCUGUACUACCAGUACCUGCUCAUCACAGGCAUAUAUGUGCUUGAGCCCUGGGAGCAGUCCAUCUUCAACUCUGUCUUCUUCUCCUCCGUGGCCAUGGUCAUCUACACCUCCUACGCCUUCUUGCCUGUACAUGUGCGCCUGGCACUCAAGUUCUUCUCCGGGAUCUGCGGGGAACAGCCAGAGAGCACCAUGGCACUCAUAAACUAAGCAGUGGAUGGAUGGCAGGAAGGAGAUUGGGAAUGAGAAGGGAGGACUCCCUACCUAAGAUCUUGACAUUUGACCUUGACCUCACUUAACUCGAUGACCGUCUGACUUCUGUUCUCUCACCACCCUUUCACCAUACAGUUACCCACUACUCCCACAAUCCACAAUACUCUACUAUCUACUCAGCAAAGGAAGGCUGAGUUUAGGAUGAUUCUGUGAAAUAUUCUAGGAGAAUACCUCCCUUUACCCCCCCCCCCCUCUUACCCCUGGUAUUAUACAAUACAUCAUUGUAUGCUACUUUCACACCUUUGCUGUGAAACGCCUUGCUUUUUUCCAGAAAUAUGAAAUGUGGUUUGUUCUUUUUUAAUUCUUCUCACUCUGGAAUAGUGUGAGUGCAUAUCACAUCUCUGUGUUUUACAUUUGCCUGCAGGUAAUGCCACUUAUCUCUGACUGUUGACAGCUGUCUGAUAUAGGGUGAGACAUUACUGAUCACAAUACAUUUACAUGCACUUAAACCCACUGGACAAUGCUAAUGAUGACCAUUGACUGCACUCCAAUUACUGAGUCAUAAAGCAAAUCUUUCCCUAGACCAGUCUCCUGCUAUACAAUUUAUUCAGAGACAUUGAGACCAGGCAAAUAUUACAAGGUUUUAAAAUGUUCCUCCCAACCCUAAAUAUGUCUGAUGAUUUGUCAAUGCAUACAUUGAUCAAACUGAACAAUCAUAUCCUUAUGUGCACAGCCCUGUCCCCCAUCUGCAGUGUUUUUACUGUUGCUAUGCUUGGCAAGAGGAAAUGUUAGCUCUCUGGUUCAGGCUUUGCUUUGUCAUUGACUUAAGGACUUUCUGAUUUUGUCUGUAUAUGAUUUGUAACUAGAUGUAUAUUGAUAUUUAUAUGCACUGGUAAAGCUUGGCUAGUUACAAUGUAAAUGAGGAAAACAGUUUGUUUUCUCUUGUGCAUUCAGGAAGUAUUCAGACCCCUAAACUUUUUCCACAUUUUGUUACUUUACUUUAAUACCCCAUAAUGACAAAGCAAAAACAGGUUUUUAAGAAAAAUCGUAGCAAAUCUCUUAAAUAUAAAAAACAGAAAUACCUGAUUUACAUAGGUAUUCAGGCCCUUUGCUAUGAGACUUGAAAAGGAGCUCAGGUGCAUCCUGUUUCCAUUGAUCAUCCUUGAGAUGUUUCUAUAACUUGAUUGG